CGACAAUUCCGGCACAACAGCAAAACAAAACAUCAACCCGUGUGGAGCUGUGUCCUCCUUCCUUGCUGCCUGCCUUCCUUUCCCUCUCUGCGUGCUUGCUCGCCCUCUUCAGGUCGUCAAUCACCUCCGCCUGCACACAUGGUGGUGCUGUUGGCUGCUGCGACGUGGAGUCGAUGCGGACACCAGCUGCCGACACGGUUUGGCCGGCUGUCCCAGCGAGCUGGUGCCUCCCUGCUCGGUGCCCGCGCCCUUCACCCAUCCCGAGGAACCACGCUGCAACAGCACGAGCAGCAGCCACAACAGCCAGGCGACGGCGGCUCUUCGCACCACGCCGGCACCGACACGUUGCAACAGGCACAAAGAAUACGUGCUGGCGAUGCUGGUGCGCGUGCUCAUGCAAGUAAAGGGCCGGCAACGUCGUGUGAGCUGCGCAUAGCCACGUUCAACGUGCUUGCGCCGUGCUACAAGCGCCUGCCUUCCACGCAGCUGCGCGAGAGCGACUUUCCCUCGCUGUACCGCCCCAGAAACGCAGCCAUCCUGCGCAUGCUGCGGGAACAGCGCGACUUGGACGUCAUUGCCCUGCAAGAGUUCUGGUUCCACCACGACGUGCAGUCCAUGUACAUGGCGGCGCUCGGCUCCGGGUACCACGUGCACUGCUUGCAGCGACCCAAGGGGCGCGACGACGGCGUGGUCGUGUUCGUGCGCAACCACAUCCAGGUGGUGGGCACGCGCCGGCUCCACUUUGAUGACAGCGGCAUGCGCGUGGCGCUCCUGCUACACCUCCGCGUGCGCGGGUCCACGCCAACGCCCAUUGCCCCGUACCUGAUCCGCGGUACCCAUGCCGAGGCGCUCGACAACACCAAUGAUGCCGACAUCGCCGCCGUCCCGCACCAGCCGUGCCCCGCCGGCGACGGCAGCGUCGACCUCAUCUUGGCCAACACGCACUUCUCCUUCCCGCACACGCAGCAGGAGCACGAGGCGCGGCUGCAGCAGGCCCGCGUGCUGGCGACGAGCGUGCAAGACUUUGCGCGGGAGCAAGGCGUCGGCACGAGUGUCUUGACGGGCGACUUCAACGGCAACGUCAACUCCCGCUCCUGCGCCCACCUCAUCAGCUGCGGAUACGAAUCGCUCUUCCACGCCGUCCACGAUCGCGAGCUCUCCGUCACACACAGAACACACAAAGGCGAGGAUGUUGGUGUUGACUUUGUGUUUAUGCGCAGCGAUGACGGCGCGUUUACCAGCGAUGCAGCGUAUGCCCUGCCCCAGCUCUACCCAGACCAGGCAUGGCCAGAGGACUUUGACUUGAGCGAUCACAGACCCGUUGUCGUCUCGCUCACUGCACACUUCAAUCAGCCACACGCCCAGAGCCAACAACAGCGGCAGCAAACGUAGCGGUUGCUGCUUGCUGCGGGCUGUGGCUCCUAUUGCUGCUUCUUUCACUGUGUGUGAGUGCGUGAGGCGCGCUGGUACACGAUUUGUUCACGCUGUUCCGUUUUUUCCAGGCUUGCUUCUCUUCCGCUUUCACUGCCGUUGUUGUUGCGUUGUGCUGCUGACCCAUUCGUUAACAAACAACCCCUCUCUCUUGUUCAUCAACAGGUGGUGUUGUUGCCUCUCUCUUUAGUCAGGCAACAUGCCAUCAUUCACGGCGCUUCACGCCAUUAUCGCCCCUAGCCUCCCACCAACUUGUUUUCUUGCCAUGUGCUGAUCGAGUUCGAGUUGUGUUUCUCUUCUCACCGAUGUUGUACGUGGCCCCAUCUUCCCUUCCCCUUGCCCCUCUUCCGAAUUCCUGUUCUCUCUCCAUUCGCUUGCCUCUCUCCCUUCCAUUCUCUCUGUUUCCUUCCUGCUUUCCUCCAUGCUGACACGCAAUCGUUUAUCUGGUCUUUGACAGUCUAAAUUGAACCUCUC